UGGAUGAAUUAGAUGUCACAAGAACAUUUAUGUAUGUCCAUGCAAUUAAUUCAUGUUUCUGCUUCCACUGGUUGAAACCGAUGCUUGUUGCCUUACAAAAAUUCUUGGUGUCAGUAAUGAGUUAAUAAUCAUACUUUUACAGAUCAAUCCUGAGAAGGCUAGGGAAGAGUUUCGUAGCUCAAGUCAGAAAAAUGGAGGGACUGGAGUUAAAGACUUCAUGGACAGUGUGGGCCUUGGUAUGUUUGUUGAGCAGGUUAUGCAAUUUGUUGAAGCACAGGAAUAUAAUAUGUUUAGCCAUAUUGUCUUUGAUACUGCCCCCACGAUGAGCAAAUUGGCAUCUAUUUAUAAUUUGUUUGCUACAUUUUCCUUAAACCCACAAACAUCUCUACACCACACAGGUGCUACACAGCACACUUGUGACCAUGCAUCAGGUAGGACACUGCGGAUGAUAUGUGGCCCAAAAAUCCAGCAAGCAGACUAAUUAAUUAGGCCAUACAUGUAAGAAGAAGAAGAAGAAGAAGAAGAAAAAGCAACAAGCCAGCCAUCCAUAUUCAAUGUACAUGUGUAGCUUACCUACCUUAUGAUUUUUUGGGCUAGGUCAUCUACAUGAUGGGCUGGCCUGAUGUCCGCCUAGGGUGUUCCCAUGUGCCAGGCUGGAGCAUGUGGCAUGUGUAAAGGCACAGCUUGCCAUGGCAAAGCUCUUUUUGCCACGUGAAAAUGCAUUAAGUCACUAACCAUUCUACUCAUUAAUCUCAUGUUUUGCAUUGUGCUUUUAUUAGGGUCAUACUCUUCAGCUUUUGUCUCUGCCUGA